AUGAAGUGGCUGCUGCUGCUCAUCUUGGUGGCCCUCUCUGAGUGCCUCAUCUACAAGGUCCCCCUGGUAAGGAAGAAGUCCCUGAGGCAGAACCUGAAGGAGCAUGGCCUGCUGGAGGACUUCCUGAAGACACACAGACUGAACCCGGCCUGCAAGUACUUCUCCGAACUGGCAGACAGCACACUGGCCACCCAGCCACUAGUCAACUACAUGGAUCUGGAGUACUUUGGCACCAUCGGCAUCGGGACCCCUGCUCAGGAGUUCACUGUCAUCUUUGACACCGGCUCCUCCAACUUGUGGGUGCCCUCUGUCUACUGCUCCAGCCCUGCCUGCUCCAACCACCACCGCUUCAACCCCCAGCAGUCCUCCACCUUCCAGGCCACCAGCCAGGAGCUGUCUGUCGCCUAUGGCACCGGGAGCAUGACCGGCAUCCUGGGCUAUGACACCGUGCAGGUGGCCGGCAUCGCUGACACCAACCAGAUCUUCGGGCUGAGCGAGACAGAGCCCGGCUCCUUCCUCUACUACGCCCCCUUCGACGGCAUCCUGGGCCUGGCCUACCCCAACAUCGCCGCUUCUGGGGCCACCCCUGUCUUUGACAACAUGUGGAACCAGGGCCUGGUGUCUCAGGACCUGUUCUCCGUCUACCUGAGCGGCAAUGACCAGAGUGGCAGCGUGGUGAUGUUUGGAGGCAUCGACUCCUCCUACUUCACCGGGAGCCUGAACUGGGUGCCCGUCACUGCCCAGGGCUACUGGCAGAUCACCGUGGACAGCAUCACCAUGAAUGGGCAGCCCAUUGCCUGCAGCAGUGGCUGCCAGGCCAUCGUGGACACUGGCACCUCCCUGCUGUCCGGCCCCACCAACGCCAUCGCCAACAUCCAGAGUGCCAUUGGAGCCAGCCAGGACACCUACGGCCAGAUGGUGGUGAGCUGCUCGGCCCUCAGCAGCCUGCCUGACAUCGUCUUCACCAUCAAUGGCAUCCAGUACCCUCUGCCCCCCAGCGCCUACAUCCUGCAGACUCAGCAGGGCUGCUCCAGCGGCUUCCAGGGCAUGAACCUGCCCACCCAGUCUGGGGAGCUCUGGAUCCUGGGUGACGUCUUCAUCCGCCAGUACUUUGCUGUCUUCGACAGGGCCAACAACCAGGUGGGCCUGGCCCCUGUGGCCUAAGCCCCCACCUGCCACCUUGCCCAUGCCCUCCCAGCUUGCCUGGGUCCCCCUCUGUCACCGUGA